AUGGCUGUGUCGGGCGCGGAACGAACACAACAUGUUUUAACAACUUUACAAUCUCUGCUUCCAGAAUUACAAAAACUCGUUAUAUUCAGUGACGGUGUCGUCGAUGGCGUUGGCGGUACAGCAAAGCGAUUGGUCUAUGAAGAUGUUAUGGUUGGCAAAACAUGUCGAAAUGCAGCUGAUUUUGUUCGUCUCUUGGAAGAUAAAAAUACUCCAAUAAUUCUCAGUGAAUUAUUACCUUCUGAGAUCGACGAAGCUGAAAAUGAACUGAAACCGACUUUCGACAAUGUUAAACUUGUUUCAGGUAUUCAAAAAAUGCACUCUGUGACAGUUUUCGAUGUCGAUGAUAUUGAAUGUCGAUACUACUCAAAUAGUGAUGAUGCAAAAAAAAUCCAUUUUUCAUUUACAUUUAUUUUCCUUCUUUGUUUUUCCUCAGGCGUGAUUUGACAGUAAUUUUCUACGUGAUUUACGCGUGAUAGCGUUGAUAAUUAUAGAAUCAGUAGAAAUCGGCUAGACAGCAUCAUGUGU